CGGAUGUUGUAUUUUUUUGCCGCGAAAAUGGAGGAUUGUUUCAUAUGACGUAAUCUGGUUUCGAUACUUUCAGAACGGUGAUAGAAGACAUCAAAUGUUGAGUUCAGCAAACGAAGGAUCUACACGGCGUUUUUAAAAGUGCCCAACCAUGGCUGAAUCCAAGGAUGAAACUUCCACAGUUUGCACUUCUGAAGUCUGCGACGAAACCCAGCUGUCCACUUUCUUGGAGGGUCUGAACAAGAGUCGCGACGAAGAAUACCUCUGUGAUGUCGUGCUCGUGGCGGAGGACAAACGCUUUCCCGUACACAAAAUCGUCAUCACGUCCGCUAGCGAAUACUUCAAGAUCAUGUUCUCUACUGAUAUGAAGGAGAAGACUCAAGAGGAAGUGGUGCUACAUGGUGUAACGGCUGACGGUUUAAAGAUUGUAUUACAGUUCAUAUAUACGACCAAGACUGUUCUAACAUCUGACAACGUAUACGAGGUACUCGUAACGGCACAUCAUUUUCAGAUCUCGAAGCUGGUCGGAUGUUGCGAAGACUUUAUGGUAAAGGAAGUCAGGGUGGACGAAGAGAACUGGGAAAAUUUAGCGAAAAUCGCUUCCUUGUACGAACUACAGAAUCUGAGACUUGCAGUGCAUGGUUAUCUGCUAGAGACUGUCAACAAGUCAGGAGAGGGGGUAUCGUGUUUUCAGGAUCGGCUGUGCGAUUUACCUGUGGAACAAUUUGAGCUACUACUAGCGAGUAAUCAGAUAGAACAGGUAUCUGAAAUCCAGCUCUUUCAUUUGGCUGUACGCUGGCUUGAACACGACGGUUUGCGUCGUAGUUUGGCGAGUCGGGUGAUGGAAAACAUCAGGUUCGUGCUGAUCUCGCGAGCGGACAUAACCUGUCACGUGGAGACGGUUGACUUCAUGGUGGCGGACGCAAGGUGCCGACAGAUGGUGGCUGACGCCGUGUCGUAUCUGAAUUCCCCGUUAAUGCAGCCGUUGCUGCAGACGGCAAAGACGCAAGUACGCGCAAGUCAGACCAUGCAGGACAUUCUUGUCAUUGGCGGAUCAAGAGGAGGUACGGCUCGGAAUGCAGUGUAUCGUCUUUCGGAAAGCAAAAGCGACACAUGGAGUGUCGGACCAGGUUUACCACAAGACUACGCCAUCAGCCACCAUGGCGUUGCAGCGAUUGACAACUUCGUUUACGUCAUAGGGGGACAGACGAAAACAGAUCCCACCGGGUUGUCGACGACAAACAGGGUGGUACGAUACGACCCUCGUACGAACACAUGGAUCGAGGUGACUCCGUUACUACAGCCAAGAGCGUGCUUUGCCACAAGCGUGCUUAACGGAUGCAUCUACGCAUCAGGUGGCGGAAACUCUGUCGAGAUUCUCAACUCGGUGGAAAAGUAUGACCCCAAGACCAACAAAUGGUCGUCUGCGACGAGUCUGUUUCAGCCGCUCUAUGCUCAUGCAAGUGCGGUCCUCGACAACAAACUGUACGUCAGCGGAGGCGCGAGAGACGGGAGCUUUCUGAAAGACGUUUGGGUGUACGACCCAACGGUAGACGGGUGGCAACGCUGCCGUGACAUGAAGUAUCGAAGAGGAUGGCACGCGAUGGCCGCCAUGCAGGAUAAACUCCUCGUGAUGGGCGGGAAAACGAACGAGAACGAACAGUACCCAAACAUGAGGCUGGGCUUCCACACCAUCCCCCACAUCGUCGAGUCUUUCGAUCCCGCGAAAAACGAGUGGAACGUCAUGAAACGUCCGCUGAUUCACAUGCAGUGCGAGGCCGGGGUUGUCGUGACGGACUGCGGAAUCUUUCUCGUCGGCGGUUACAGCUGGCAGAGUCAGGAGCCAAUGAAAACAGUGCAGGUGUAUCGCCCUGAUGAGAACAAGUGGUGGUACUACAAAAGUCUGCCAGAGCCUCUACAGGGGGUUGGGGCCUGUGCAGUCACUCUUCCUUCAUGAAUAUUAUAUCCAAUAUCCAACAAUUAACAACAAUUUGGGAGCUCUACUGGUGUGUUGUUAUCAGCUAUGAUACUGA